AUGUCUUGCCGCUCCUACCGAGUCAGCUCUGGUCAUCGGGUGGGCAGUUUCAGUUCUUGCUCAGCAAUGGCCCCUCCGAAUCUGAACCGCUUCCGGACUAGCUCUGUCUCCUGCAGGAGUGGGUCCGGCUUCCGUGGUUUCGGUGGCUUUGGUAGUCGGAGUGCCAUCCACUUUGGAUCAUCCUCACCUCGGAUCGCAGUUGGGUGCUCUCGUCCUAUCCGCUGUGGAGUUGCCUUUGGAGUUGGCUCCGGUGAUGGGAGUGGAGUUGGUCUGGGCUUCAGGGCCAGCAGUGGUGUCGGCCUGGGGUUUGGAGCUGGCAGUGGCCUUGGCUAUGGUUUCGGCGGCCCUGGCUUUGGCUACAGAAUUGGAGGAAUUGGAGGCCCAUCGGCCCCCUCUAUCACAGCUGUGACUGUUAACCAGAGCCUGCUGACUCCCCUCAAUCUGGAGAUCGACCCCAAUGCCCAGAGGGUGAAGAGAGAUGAGAAGGAACAGAUCAAAACCCUUAACAACAAGUUUGCCUCCUUCAUUGACAAGGUGAGGUUCCUGGAACAACAGAAUAAACUCCUAGAGACAAAAUGGAGCUUCCUCCAAGACCAGAAAUGUGCCCGCAGCAACCUGGAACCUCUCUUCGAUAACUAUAUCACCAGCCUGAGGAGGCAGCUGGAUGUACUAGUCAGUGACCAGGCUCGGCUGCAGGCUGAGAGGAACCACAUACAGGACAUCCUUGAGGGUUUCAAGAAGAAGUAUGAAGAGGAGGUGGGAUGCCGAGCCAACGCUGAGAACGAGUUUGUAGCUCUGAAGAAGGAUGUAGACACAGCUUUCCUGAAUAAAUCGAAUCUGGAAGCCAAUGCGGAUGCCCUGGCCCAGGAACUUGAAUUCCUGAAGGCUCUGUACCUGGAGGAAAUCCAGCUGCUGCAGUCACACAUCUCAGAGACAUCUGUCAUUGUAAAGAUGGACAACAGUCGGGACCUGAACCUGGACGGGAUCAUAGCUGAAGUCAAGGCCCAGUAUGAGGAGGUGGCAAGGCGCAGCCGCGCUGAUGUUGAAGCCUGGUACCAGUCCAAGUAUGAGGAGAUGCGGGUGACAGCUGGCCAACACUGUGACAAUCUACGAAACACACGGGAUGAGAUCAAUGAGCUGACCCGGCUGAUCCAGAGGCUGAAAGCAGAGAUUGAACAUUCCAAGGCUCAGUGUACCAAGCUGGAGGCCGCCGUGGCCGAGGCAGAGCAGCAGGGCGAAGCGGCCCUCAAUGACGCCAAGUGCAAGCUGGCAGAUCUGGAGGGCGCCCUGCAGCAGGCUAAGCAGGACAUGGCUCGGCAGCUGCGGGAAUACCAGGAGCUCAUGAACGCCAAGCUGGGCCUGGACAUAGAGAUCGCCACCUACAGGCAGCUGCUGGAGGGCGAGGAGAUCCGGAUCUGUGAAGGUGUUGGACCAGUAAACAUAUCUGUGAGCAGCUCUCGAGGAGGUGUGCUGUGUGGCCCCGAGUCCUUGGUCUCUGGAUCCAGCUUCUCCCGCAAUGGUGGGGUCACCUUCUCCAGCAGCAGUAGCAUCCGUACCACUGGAGGGGUUCUGACUUCCUCAAGCCUGAGGGCUGGUGGGGACCUGCUGAUCUCUGGGACCAGAGGAGGCUCAGUGCUGGUGGGCGAUGCCUGUGCCCCCAGCAUCCCCUGCCCACUACCCACUGAGGGUGGCUUCAGCAGCUGCAGUGGUGGCCGCGGCAACCGCAGCUCUAGUGUCCGCUUCUCAUCCACCACUAGCUCUCGCAGGACCAGGUACUAAGAUGACCACAGCCUGGAGAAGAACCAGCCAAGCCGCCCUUGCUUCUGUCCCCUGAGGUGCAUAGACUCUGGUCCUGAGGGAUCCCCAGCCACUCUUCCUGCCAGUACAUAGCCCUAGCCAUGUCCUCUUGAAGGACUUUUUAUUGUAUAGACACACAUCCACAGCCCCAGUGGCACUAGCUUCACCUGAACUCCCAGUGUCUUUUCUUUGGAUCACCUUCAGGCUUCAGCCACAGUAAAUGUAUUUUCAGCACUAUUCCAGGAAGUGGUACACGCGGGAGAAAGGGACCAUCCAGAGAAGCAUGAGCACAAAGCCCUGGGGCCUACAGGCGUCCUUAGCCACUUCUUGUUCCCUUGUCUCCCCUUCCUUGGCAGAACAGGCUUCUCUUUCCCUUCCCUGGCCCCAAAGGACACAGUCCUUGGAGACCACAGGGAUCCCUAAGUCUCCACAGUGGUUCUCCUCCCAGUGGCUCAUCUGUGCCUGCUGUCUCAUGGCUGCCGAUUGAUCUGUGAUACGUGAGUCUGCCGAGUAGGUGGAAUGCAUAAGGAGAGGAGGCUUCUCAGCUCUGGGUGUCUUGUCCUGUGGUGAUAGGAGGCCCAACUCUGUCCUGUUGCUGCAGCAGGAUUUUCCUGCAAA